UCUCUUCCGCAUCAAAGCUGAUGCUGCAAGGAUUGAUGCGUGCUACUUGGUAUCAGGCAUGUGGCGAACUUCGACUGAGCGUUUCUUUCAGUGGAUUGGAGGUUUCCGCCCAUCCGAGCUGUUACAUGUUGUGAUGCCAUAUCUUCAGCCGCUAACCAAUGAUCAAAUCCGGGAGGUUGCGAACCUUCAACUGUCGUCUCAAUAUUCAGAAGAUUCUCUCUCUCAAGGGAUAAAUAAAUUAAAGAUGGCUUUGGCUGAAAGAAUAGCAACCAAGGAGAUUCUUGAAGCAUUGCAGGGUUUUGUGAACCAGGGUUUCGAUUUUCCCAACGAUAACACUCGCCACCGGCGCCUUCGUCGCUUUGAAUGGGGAGAUAAUCAUCCAAAGUUUCCUUUUGGUUCCGUGGUCAAGCUUUAUGCUAAGUUGGGGCUUCAUCGUUACAAUUUGUUGGAGGGUACAAACUUGCAGCUGGAUAGCCUAAAGAGUUUCACCGUGAGCAUAACUGGCGGUCCUUCCUCUUACUACGUCAGUCUGGUUGCACGUGUUCCAGAUGGCGGUUUGCAGCAUUUUCAAGUUCUAGUUCGUGAAAGGGGUCUUGGCUUUCUGGACUUGGGGUGCCCUAUCGCUAGACCUCUAGUGACCGAGCCUUUCCUACGUCCUCAUAGCGAUCCACCUCCACCACCUGAUGGUUUGUUUUUCAGUGAUGAAUUGCCUGAUUGGCCAUCGGAGAUUGCUUUCAAUGAUAGAAAACGGUUUCACCUGGUGAAAGAAUCUGAGUUGAGAGACAAUGACUGGGUUCGUCUCUAUUUGGAACUUGCACUUGUUUUUCACGACAGGACUCUUACAGAGGGUACAAACUUGCAGCUGGAUAGCCUAAAGAGUUUCACCGUGAGCAUAACUGGCGGUCCUUCCUCUUACUACGUCAGUCUGGUUGCACGUGUUCCAGAUGGCGGUUUGCAGCAUUUUCAAGUUCUAGUUCGUGAAAGGGGUCUUGGCUUUCUGGACUUGGGGUGCCCUAUCGCUAGACCUCUAGUGACCGAGCCUUUCCUACGUCCUCAUAGCGAUCCACCUCCACCACCUGAUGGUUUGUUUUUCAGUGAUGAAUUGCCUGAUUGGCCAUCGGAGAUUGCUUUCAAUGAUAGAAAACGGUUUCACCUGGUGAAAGAAUCUGAGUUGAGAGACAAUGACUGGGUUCGUCUCUAUUUGGAACUUGCACUUGUUUUUCACGACAGGACUCUUACAGAGCGCUAUCUCUCCCUGUUGGAGAAAAAGCUCUGGACAACAAGCAGCGUUCUAAAAGGCUUAAGCGUCGUUUAG